AUGAAUCCUUUAAAAAGUUCCUGCAUCCAGAUCAUCAAUUUACUGGCAGCUAAGUUGGGCCAAGACACACUGGCAGGCACAGCUUACAACCUGGACAAAGCCUCGGCAGACGACCUGGUUCAGAACUUCUCUGUCAGCGGCCCGCUUUCCCUGACCUUCGAGGGCUGGGAAGAAGACCCCGAGUACUUGGCACGACGGGCCUUCCACCACUACCUGGGGCCCAUUGAACUGACGGAGGAGAAGCGGGAUCCUAUUAUCCGGCUCUACAGCGACAGACUGUUCGAUAUGUGUCACAUGGACGCGGUCGGGCAGCACCUUCGAACAUCUCAGAAGCAAGUAUUUACCUACAAGUUGCAGCAUCGUGGAGAACACCAAUACGUCUCUACUUAUUUCCCUUCUGUUCCGGACUGGGUGAAGAACUACGUCACUCACGCGGAUGACCUUCAGUACCUGUUCAAUCAAGAAGAAUAUAAUAUGACGUUACAGCGAGACGAGGACCUCUUCGUCAGCCGUAUCAUGGUGGAACUCUGGACCAACUUCGCUGCCAAAGGACACCCAACGCCAGACCUGUCCCUCGGCUUCAAGUGGGCGCCGACGUUGUCCUCGAGCAACAGUUACUUGGCCAUCACUUCCUCGCCUUUCAUGAAAACAUUCCAAGAGUGCAGGAUCCACAAAUUCUGGAAGAACAUGCCGACCAAGACUAACCAAAGGUUGUACCCUGACCGCUUCGAGCCUCUUCUAUAGCUGCACAUCGGUGAUUUUUUUUUUUUUUUUUUUUUUUAUAGCGUGUCCGGAGAACCCCUUUGCCUCCCAUCGUAGCUUUGAGAAGGUUCGAUGUAAACGUCUAAAAAACGCCUGACACAAUAAAUGAUCCAGCUU